AGAGAGAGAGAGAGGCAGAGAGUGAGAAGGAGAGACCAAACGACAGUAUAAAACUCACAGCUGCAGCAAGUUUAUCGCCGGCUACAUCACGUGCUCUGCAAAUUCUAUUCGCCUUUCCUCAAUUUCUCGAUUGGUUUAUUCGAUUGUUUAUGCUGUGAAUCAUAUCUCUUCCGAUUCACCCUUUUCUCCAAUCUGAAUCUCGAAUUGCCCCAAUAAUCAGCCCUAAUCCUCACUAUGAGAGAAAGGAAAUCGGCCAAGUUGAAUCAACAACAGCCGCAGCCGCAGCUGCAGCAUCAUCAGAAUGGUCAUUUGUCGCCGUUUAAAUUGGCGAAGUUACUAGAUCCUGAUGCUUCAUGGGAUAAGGAUCAGCUUGGUGACGUGCUGCAUUGGACUCGGCAAGCAUUGGGCCUUUUUUGUGGAUUAAUAUGGGGUGCGAUUCCUCUAGUUGGGGGACUCUGGUUUCUCCUGUUUGCAGCAUUAUCUACUGGGAUUAUCUAUGCAUAUUAUGCCAUUGUACUAAAAGUUGACGAAGAAGAGUUUGGAGGCCAUGGAGCCCUUCUUCAGGAGGGACUUUUUGCUUCUAUAUCCGUCUUUCUGCUCUCGUGGAUUCUAGUAUACAGUUUGGCACACUUUUGAGUCUUGUCCGCUACUUGGAUCCCGAUGCGUUGCUUCUCAUAUGCAGAAAACGGGAAUCAGGCCUUUUAGAUUUGAUGUGUUAUGAAGUGAUUGAUGAACCUUCUAUGCCUUGAACUCAUCUUAGGGAGUCGAAGACUUUGUUGUAUUUGUGGCUGUUUUAUCAGCUUACAGUAUAGGCUUGUCUUUUUUCCUUAUUAUUCUUGUUAUUAAGAUUUUGUUUCUCGUUUAAUUUGAGGUAGAAUUUCCUGAAUCACACUCUGUGAAUGCCACGGAACGUGACCAAUUAUUAUUUUCUAUAAUAAAACAUUCACGGUUUUUAGUU